UUCUGAAUACAUUACUUUUUACGUGUUGUAACGGACUGCAUUACUGAACACAUUUAGGACAGUGUAUUCAGAAUUCAGAUAUCACUACUUUUUCUUGCUAAACUCUGGCAGUAACCAAGACAAAGUAAUACACUCUACUCUUUUCUCCCUGCAGUAACAUCCACACCUGAGGAAACAUCUUCACUGAAAGUAACUAAAGGUGAAUCAGUGAGUUUAAACUGUAGUUUCACCUUCACACAAGAAUAUAAUGGGGUGUCCUUUGUUGUUUACUGGAUUAAGACUGUUGGACAGAGCAGCACCUGUGUGUAUUCUUAUGAUUUUGCUAUGAAUGAGGUUGUGCUCGGUCACCACUGCAACAUACAGGAAGAACUGCUUAACAGACUCUCAAACCAAACCAAAGAACCGAACAGUCACAACAUCAGGAUCAGUGAAGUGAUGGAGUCGGACAGCGGUCAGUACCUCUGUGCUGUACAAGUGCACCCACAUAAUAAAAACACUACUAAAGGAAACUGGAAGGUGAUACAAAGAGUUACAGUCAGUGUUCACAAAGACAAAAGACCACAGCCAACCAUGACCACUGUGACUCAGACAACAACUGAGGACACAACAAAGAAAACAACAAAGAAAACAACUGAGGAAAACAUUGAUCAUGAUCGUCUUAAGCCCUUAUAUGUUACAGUUCCCAUAAUCCUGUGUCUUCUGCUGAUUGUCUUGGUCGUGUUAAUAAGAAAGAAGUGCAUCACUUCACAAGGAUGUCAGACUGUACAGCAAAGAGAAGAAGCUCCUAACAUGGACUGUUCUCCACAUGCUGUUGGAAAUGGUGAGGAGGGGACGUUCUUUGGAUCUAAGACGGCUGAUCCAGGCCGUGAAGAAUCCACACCAUCUACCGACUCUUAUUCAGUUGUUAGACUGAACAGCUUAUAUGAAUCUGGGGCUUCAGAUCACAACAGACAUAUUUAAUACGAAGCUGCUGAUCUGUGUGUGUUAAAGGUGCCUCAGUGCCGCAGCUCACAUGCUGAAACACUGUAGAGAAGAACGCAGAGUAACAAAGUGGUCAAGCUUGUUAAAUAAUGCCUUUUGCAAAUUUUGAUACAUCACCAGUCAAAAGCAAAAGUUUGAGCACCCCUGGUCAGAUUACAUUCAUUGUUGAAUUCCUAAGUGAAACUAAGUUACCACAUCCUCUACAGAGAACACUUCUUGCACUUGACUGCACUUAUUUUCACUUCAGUCAACAAAACGUUAUUUGACCAGGGGUGCACAAACUCUUACAUAUAACUAUAUGUGUAUAACUAUAUGCAUUUUUUCAUUUCUUUUGUUUUAAAGGAGAGAUAUUACUGCUUUUUUGAAAUGUAUUUACAGUUCUCUGUGCUCUUUAAUG